AUGACUGACCAGAAAGAGGCUCCCACGGUUGAAGAACCGCAAGGCAAGCAACAUGCUACCAAGACAAUGGACGAGGCUGCGCAGUAUCUCGCUCGCAAUGCUGGCUUUGAGCCGUUGUCUGCCGAAGAAGAGAGAAAGAUGAUUCGUAAGAUGGAUUGGAUUCUGCUUCCUAUGCUAUUCAUGACCGCCACCCUUGGUGCAGUGGACAAAGUCGCUAUCAGCACUGCAGCGAUAUAUGGCCUGGAAACAGACCUGCAUCUCGUCGGGCAGCAGUUUUCGUGGGCUGGAUCUAUCUUGUCGAUUGGGGCAAUCGUUGGCAUGUGGCCAUCCACGUAUUUGGUUCACCGACUGCCCUCUGCGAAGUACCUGACUGCGUGUUCCACCGGCUGGUCUAUCCUGGCUCUGCUGAUACCAGUCUCUCGCAACUGGGGCGGCUUGAUGGCACUGCGCUUCUUCAUGGGCUCCCUGGAAGCCAUUAUUGUCCCGUCGAUAUCUCUUAUAGUUGCUGGCUUCUAUACAAAGACUGAACAGCCACCACGCAACGCUCUUGUCUUUGCAGCCGCGAGUUCUGUCUUCAAUGGCUUCCUGUCAUGGGCUGUCGGGCACAUCCCACCCACUGCAGCCCUGUCGAUUUGGCAAUAUCUAUUCCUAAUAACCGGCUCCGUCUCAACCCUGUGGUCAAUCAUCGCGUUCAUCCUCCUCCCCUCCUCUCCCAUGAACGCCUUCUUCCUCACCCCGCGAGAAAAAUACCACGCCGUGCAGCGCCUCGCCUCAAACAAAACCGGAAUCACCAGCCAUAAAUGGAAAUGGGACCAGGCGUCGGAAGCAAUCAUCGACCCCAAGACCUGGAUCCUGUUCUUCUUCAACAUCGCCAUAAACAUACCCAACGGCGGCCUUUUAACCUUCAGCGGCAUCAUUAUCAAUAAUCUCGGCUUUUCGCCUGUGAAUACCUCUCUGCUGAAUAUGCCUACCGGUGUCAUGUCCACGCUGUCUGCGUUUAUUUUCUCCUGGGUUGCCUCGAAGUGGGUGAAUAGACGGUGUCUUGUUACAAUGCUGGCGUCUUGUAUUCCUGCCAUCGGUGCGAUUCUGGUUUACACACUUCCGAGGACGAAUAUCGGGGGACAGAUGGUGGGGAUUUAUUUGUUGUACACCUAUUUCGGCCCGUACGUUGUAGGUAUAUCCAUGGCGCAGGCAAACACAGCAGGAAACACGAAGAAAACAGUGCAAUACUCCGUGCUGUAUAUUGGGUAUGCGGUUGGAAGUCUGAUCGGGCCACAGACGUUCCGCGCGGACCAGGCCCCGGCGUAUACGGGUGGGUUUGUAGCUAUGCUGGCUUGUUAUUGUGUAUGUGUGCUGUUGAUGGCGGGAUAUUGGCUUCUUGCUGUGUCGUUGAAUCGUCGAAGAGUAGAUGGCGUUGAUCCUGUGGGGACUGAGAGGGAGGAGGAUCUGGGAGAGGCAUUUGCUGAUAAGACGGACUUUCAGCAGCGGGGGUUUAAAUACACGACUUGA